GUGGGUUCAGACCGAGGGUACUACGGGUCGGCGUUGGGCUCAGCUGGCUCGAAACAAAGAACUAUCCGGUAGGGACUCGGCGCGGUGCCUUCCGACCGGUAGCUGAGCGGCCGAUCGCGGCUUGUCGGCCCGCCGGUGCGGUCGCCGCGCGGUCUCAGCAGGCUUCUCCUCGGGUCGCUACAGCCAGCGCCGUGGUGGGGGCCCCGGCGCAGCGGCACCUGCUGCUGAGGGACCCCGCGGCCCGCCCGGGUGCUCGUGAUGGGGCUGAUCUUCGCCAAACUGUGGAGCCUCUUCUGCAACCAAGAACACAAAGUAAUUAUAGUGGGACUGGAUAAUGCAGGGAAAACCACCAUUCUUUACCAAUUCUUAAUGAACGAAGUGGUUCAUACGUCUCCAACCAUAGGAAGCAACGUUGAAGAAAUAGUCGUGAAGAACACUCACUUUCUCAUGUGGGACAUCGGUGGUCAGGAGUCCCUGAGAUCGUCCUGGAACACGUAUUACUCAAACACAGAGUUCAUCAUCCUCGUGGUGGAUAGCAUUGACAGGGAGCGACUAGCAAUUACGAAAGAAGAAUUAUACAGAAUGUUGGCUCAUGAGGAUUUACGGAAAGCCGCAGUCCUGAUCUUUGCAAAUAAACAGGAUAUGAAAGGGUGCAUGACGGCAGCUGAAAUCUCCAAAUACCUCACCCUUAGUUCAAUUAAGGACCAUCCGUGGCACAUUCAGUCCUGCUGUGCUUUAACAGGGGAAGGGUUAUGCCAAGGUCUAGAGUGGAUGACGUCCCGGAUUGGUGUGAGAUAACUUUUUGCCUGAAAAGAGACUGCUCUAUUUAUUCUGUGACAUGAACAUUUUCCUAGUACCUUUGGCUGCUAAGGCAGCAGCAUGUUUAAUUUAUAACAACACAAACCUCUAUGAGCAACACUUGAAUCAAGUGCAGCUGAACUGGAACAUGAAAGAUUUUUUCUUAACUUUUUUUUAAUGCACUAACCUUCAGUUGGAUGAUAUAACUGUGUUUUCAGCAACGUAAUUCUCCUGACUGCUGAUUCCGAUUACUCAAUGACUGCCUUGUAAGAAAUGUGUGUCAUGCGUUUGAUGUUUUCUGAAGUAUUGUAAUAACUUUAACGACCAAUUCCUUUCAUUUCUUGACCACCUCCUUUCCCUACCAGAUAAUUCCUGGUUUGACAGAAAAGUAGUAGUGGAAAUCAUCAGAUACUGCUUGUAAACAUAACCAGCACUAAAUAUUUGCUCCCUCUUUAAACCACUUCUCUUUUGGACAGAGCUUAUUGUAGAGAAAGAAAUCAACCUAGAAGAUAUCUAUGAAAGGAAAAUGAACCAUCAUGAGAACUGCCUUGACAGAAGUUAAUUUUGCCCAAUUAUUACAAGGCACGGAAUAAUUUUAAGUUACUCUUAGUGUGGAAAUUAAGUAGGCUGUUUAUCUAAAAGAAUUAAAUUUACUUUUCUGCCUCCAACACGAGAUUAGUUUUAGCUAAAAACUAGUCGGGAAAAUAUUUGAAAGCCCAACUUUGAUGGUAAAUAUUGUGGAGAACUCCGAUAUUUCAAAACUCACACAUUAUUCAAUGCGUAUGUUAAUUAUCGGAAGUUAUUAAAGCAUACCAGCACUAAUACGAAAAUAAGACAUUUGGAAUAUAUUUUACUAUCAAUUAGAAACAAGUUUAUUAUCAGCAGAGACUUCAAUGAUUCUGUUUGCAAGGGAGAGCACAUUUGCUGGGGGCAGUAGCUAAAGCAGAAGUACAAACAUUUCCUUUUAAAAUUUGAAGUUGUGUGUGGAUUUUGAAUGGUGUUUCUACCACCAGCAUUGUAUUACUUAGAAACCGCUACGGCUUUCUGUAGGUCCAUCUGAGGUUAUAGUGUGAGAGGCUUCAGACACUUGCCUUCUCUCUUCUUACCCCUCAUGUUCUAAAACCUUCUGGUGGAUUACAGGAAACUGCUGAAUUGAAUCCUAGCUUUUAGAGUGUGACACAAGACUCAAAGUUAACAGUGACAUGUUAGAAGUUAAAAAGUGGGAAGAAGAGCGUCCUAAUCUAUCAAAAGUUUAUUAUAUAUCAUUAAAAAGUUCGGUCUAACCCGAGCAGUAAUCUGACUAGUGCAUACUUAGGAGUGAGCACAAGUAAUUCUAGUUUUGAUCUCCUAUUUCCAAAAUGUGAUUUUGCUCUCAUGAAAGGGAUAAAAAUGCAUCCUUAGAGAAUAAUACUUCAUUUUUGCAGUAUUUUUUUUUUCAUUUGGGUCAAAAGUACAAUUCAGUGUUCAUAAGAAUAUCUAAAAAUACCUGUUCAAAAGUAGUAUUUUAAUUUUAACAUUUUUUAUUGUAAAUCGGUUUUAAUUUUGCUCCGUUUUCAGGUAUACUUGAUUUAUUAUAUUUAGUCUAAUUUAGACGAAAGUGAUAACAUUUUCUUUCUAUUUAGUGGUAGCACACCCUACAACUGAGGAAAGCUUUCUGGACUUAGGGAACUAGUGGUUAUUAACCUUGUUUUGAAGCUUUUUCUUAGUGAGUCUAUACUGGGUAGAGGAAAAAUACUGAUUUUAAUAAAAUCUGUAAUCCUAGACCAUGAGCGGAAAGCAAACAUAAACCAAUAUGGAUGCUUUGUGGUAUAUGUUUGGGGGCAGGAGGAAGUACAAAAAUACAGUUUACCUAAAGCACACUUUGCCAGAAUAUAUAUCUUGGUUCUAGAGUUGAGCCAUAAAUUCUAAGGAUAAUUCUCUUAACUUCAUCUGGGAAAACAUAGGUAAUACAGGACAAAGUUCUGUAUCCAUUCUUAUUAGGAAAUUUAUCUUCUUAUAUGUAAUAGGAUUGGCUGGCUCAGUUUUCUUCUAUCAAAUUAUACAGUUGUGGGCUUUUUUUUGGUAUUACCACAUCAGCAUUAUAUUGAAAGUGUUUUUAACAGUUGAUUGUAUUUUGUCAAACAUCUACUACUAGUAUAGAUUGAAGUUUGCUAUUUAAUUUUUUUAAAUACAGUUUAUUUUAUUUUCUAAACUUUUUAAAAAAGCAUUUUGUUAGUUUGGGAUCAGAAAUGGUUUUGCUAGCUGUGUUGAAAAUGAAAUCAACAUCCCACUAGUUUCUGUGGCAAUGAUUGGGAACAGUUCAAAUAGGAAAUUCACGUAAGACUUUUUAAAAGUGUUUUAUAGGUUCUCGUUAGAUAUUUGUUAGAUAUUUCCUGUUACAAUAAUAUGAAAACUGAUUAUCCUUUACUCCAAGAGAAUGUUUUGACGCAAGCAAGUAUCUAAUACUAAAGCAUUGAUUCUGACAUUCAUUGUAAAUCAACUCUAAGAUUCUGUCUGAUGACAAAUUUGUAAAUUUGUGAUUAGUGCCUUUAUUCACAUUUUGAGAUGAGUUCUUAGCUUUGUACUAUACCUGUUCUUUAGAAUUCACAUUAGCAGCUAACUCAUUUGACAGUGACAUAAAUUCGAGAUUCACCCUCCCUGCCACCCCUUCAAUUGCCUAGCAAAGUUUUCUAGUAAGUACCGGAAAGCAAGGGCCCCACUCCCCCCCCCAUAUUAUGUUCAGGAGAUUAUUCUAGAUUCUGUGGGGUUUUUUUGAGGAUAAACAAGUUUAACAAAUCUUUUCAGUAUUUUAUUAGGACUAAAUGUAACUGCUACCCAAAUAUGGCAUUUUUCUUCAGUUUGAACAUGUUACAUUCUCAUUUAAAUACAUUUCCUGGUUACAGCCCAUUUGGGAACUUUUAGAAUUAACAGCCCUUUUAUAUGGGAGUAUACUACAUAAUAUGUAUUCUUAGUAUAAUUUAAUUCCUUCAGAUCUGAAAUAACAUGCAGUCCGUUGGAAAACGAAUGGUUAAAUACGUAAUUUUUGCUUUUAGGUUCUGUGUUAGUAUGCUUAAAGGUAUAAUUUUAUUCUUUGUUAAAGAAAGGUAAUAAAUUCAAGCUUUAUUGUUAAAAAUAAUUUUUAUAUGGGCACUACCCCUAUAGCCAUAGUCAUUUUGAUUAAGCACAAGUUAACUUUUAUUUUCUAGAGCAUAAAGAGAAAAUAAUUAUUUUCCUAUGGAAACAGUGAGUGAUACAGGCAGUGCUGUAAACAAUAUUCUCUGAAGAGUCAUUGAAAGUUAACAAAGCAAAGAAAUUUAAAGAAAAUCUUUAUAUUUUUAAAAAUCUUUUUGGUGUAGUUAGUAUCUUAGGACAAAUUCUAAAUGGGAUUGUCUGUGACUAGCACUCUUUUAAUUCUUAACUACAUAAAAUAAAACUAUAUCAGUAGAAAAACAUACUGGUAUUAUGCCUGUAAAUGGGGAAGUUCCAUUGACAUUUAUCUUUGAAGAGCAACUUCAUGAGUCAUCUAUGGCUUUAGGUCCAAAAUAUUUCAUAUCAAGUGCAAUUCUAAAAGAUCUUUUAUAUUUUGCUGGGACAAAGCCACUUCGAGAUUCAGUCUGAUGAGUUGGAUCUAGUAGAAUAUUGUGCUGGCUGUCUAAACAAGUGGUUUUGAACCUUAAUUUGGCCAUUGGGUGUCUAGUGACUUUAGACAGCAUUCAUGGUCUCUCUGUUCUUUUUCCCCCAUCCUGAGGAACUUAAGCCAACUAAAAGAACUCCAUCCUGUCUUUUGGUUUUAAAGUCCUGAAUCGUUAAACACUAUAUUAAAGUUGAAAAACCCAAAAAAUUCCUAGGAUAGGACCCAUAAUAAGAAAUUAAAUUCACUUUUAUCUUUUGAAUCCCACCUCAUCAUCAUUUUGUUUCGUUUGUGAAUACAAUCAAAUAAAACAAAGUAUCAACUAGUAACUAGCACUCAGCUUAAAUAAACUAGGAGCUAGUGACAGUGCAGAAGAGAAAAUAAGCCAUAUUGCCAAGGAAAUGAUUUUAAGCUGCUGAUAAAACACCAGUGUAUGUUUAAAAUGCUCUCUUCUUGGGAAUACCUUGCUCAUUUUCCUGGCUUUUUCUAAUUAGAAGUGGUUAGUUUGUUCAGAGUUUAUUCGCUUUUGAUACUACCCCAAACUCCCAGUUCCGCUUGACUUUCCAGUGUUGAAAGGAUACUGCAGCUUGGCUGUCAGUAUUUUACAAAUGUCUGUAUAAAUCUGAGAGCAGUUUAUAUUCAAGGUUAGUUCCUUCAGUAAUGUCUCAUCCUUACUCAUUUAGCAUUACUGUGAAGACUGAAAUCCAAGUCAGAUUCCCAAAAAGUAUUUUUUGAGAGUUCCAUGUGGCCAAAAUUAAAUAGAGAAGGUCAAAAAAAUUUUUUUCAACUUUUUCCACUUUAAGGUAGAAAACUACUGUGUUCAAGAGAUCCAAAAUCGGUUUUAAAUGCAUAUGAUUUCAUAAAAUGUUUGGGAAAAGUUAAUUUGGAGUCAUACCUAGAAACGAAGGUCAAAACAAUUGAUAGUAAAGAUAAACAUGAGGUAGAAAAGUCUUCAAAAGGCUAUUAAGUGAUAGAAAUUGUGAAUGAAAGUGAAUUUCCAUCACUAAGGCACUUAAAAUUACUAGAAAUAAAGUACGGCCUUUUACUCUAGAUCUAGAUAUCUUACUUUUAAAGUGGCCAAAGAACCAAAGACUGAUCAGGUUUUUAGAAUCUGUUAGUGUUGUCAAGUCACAUCUUUUUUAUUUUUUUCUUAAAUGGUAGUCUGCAUUGUCUUCUAGAAAUGGAGAGGUAAGAAAACGUGCCGUGCAUAUCUUUUGCAAUAGAUAACAAAGUUCUAGAAGAAUGGAAAUGUUUCUUGCACAAACUUUGUAGUAUUUUAAUUAAAAAAUUACCUCAUUUUUCAGUCCAUAAGGUGCUUUGCUCAAGCUUGUAGGACGUCGCACCCAUAAAAACCCCCUUCCCCCGAACUCUGAAAUAUGCAAAGUUCACAACUAAGGGGUAGCGUUCCUUGGAAAUUCUGUUUUAUUCUUGUUAAGAUGGUUUAGCAGAUUCUUACAGCACACAGACAUGUGUGUGCUCAGUCAAUACUUAGUUUCAAUAAAAUCAAAUAAGGGCAAGGAAAACCCUCAAGUUUGAUUGAUUCUAUUAUACUGUGACUAUAUUUCCAUCAAUGUUGGGACGAUAUCAAAGGACUAUCAUUUGAUCUCGGUUGUGCAUAAUUUAUUGCACAUUUUGGCCCAUGUCACAGGAGACUCUUGUCAUUUUAAUCCUAUUUUCUUCAGGGAGUCAGCAAGCCUCUAUUUUAUUCUCUUGGAGUAAACUGUUCAGUGUAGCUCUGAAAGUUUUAAUUUCAAUUUAAAAAUGUAGCUGCUAUUUCAUUAAAAGUGUGAAAUACAAUGAUGGUUAUGAUUUUUUCCAAUUAUGUAGUAGUUUUAAAUUUUACCGUAUUUAUUGUACAGAGCAUGGUUUAAAAAACACACACACAAAAGCAAUUACAACCUUGUUCCUGUAUUUCUCCUACCCAGAAUAUAAUGAUUAUAAUCACACAUUGCCAUCUUAACAGAAAUUGGUGCUUUAGAGCAUUAAAGAGGAAACAGCAAGCCCUGUAUAAUACACUUCUUGCCUCGGAAUAUAAAGCUACUUUAAGAUGUAUUUAUAUUUGUGCUCAUUUCUUAAGGUUUAAAUACAACUGUUCUCCAUCUACUUCAGGCCUUCUACAAAAGCUGUAACAAUAUCGUAGCUAAUCAUCUUGGUCAAUAGAUGAUGUUAAUGCUGGCAAAACUCUGAAUUGGAUCUCUCUGUGGGUCCUGCCAUAUUGCAUAGAGGGGAAAAAAAGAAUGUCUUUCACGCCACAAACCGUGCUUCUUAACCCCAACCAAGCAGCUGAAAUGUGUGCUGGUGGUCUAAUAUAUGGCAUUAAUAAAAUUAAAAGAGCAAACCAAUUGCUGAAUGCAUUCACAUCAUCACUUCUUGCAAAUGGUUCAAAGCAUGUUCUACUAAUAGUAGGGCUGUUUAAAGACAUGUUUUAAAAAUUUUAAUAGUUUCAUUACUGUCAUAAAAUGCUUCUUUUAUAUGUUAAGUUUAGGUUGCUUGGUACUCGCGAUUUUUUUAUUUCUGCAAUUAUGUUAUAAUGAGUUGCUUGCAUGCCUACUCACCCAAGGAAAAAGGAUGCUGUUUGCUCUGGAAUGUUCAUCUUUUAGACAGGUUUUGGCUCAUUUGCAAUCAUGGUGCAAUACAGUGUAACAUUCAUUUGUUUUCAGUCAACAGUUUUAUUUUUGUCAUAAUAAAGAAUUACUUUUCCAAUA